GUCCCAUCUUGCUCUUCUCUCAAGGCUACCGGCGCUCAAAAGCUCCUUUACCCAAAUCGGUAAAAGGAAAGAGGCAGCUGAAGAGAUCAAUAAAACAGUUGAACGUUAAAGAAACACAACUACACAGUUAGGUGCGUCUUAUCCUCAUCGUCCACUCUCUCCCUCUCAUUCCCGCACAAACACACUGGCAGAUUUUGGAUAGGAUGACGUUAGAGGGCACCAUCGCUGGCCUGCGAUACCGUCGCAGUCGCCGCAGCGAUGCCGCUCCACUGGCGCGCAUGAUGGAACUGGGCGACGCGAUUGGAGGCGGUCUGCCUACCCCGGGCGUCUUCCGCGUUUUCACCGAGCGCGACUUUGCGCUACUGAUCGAGACGGCGAUGAUUUGUGUGACGGCGGUGCGCGAUGUGCCGUCGAGUGAGGCCGCGGCGACGGCGACUGACAAAACCGAAGAGGUGGUGGCCGGCUUCAUCUCACUGGACGACGUACCACCGAAUCACAGCAUCAGCGGAGGCGCCGGGCAGAACAGUGGCGACAGCAACACACAGGAGAGCGUGCGUGCGCAAAUGGCAGCGUACAUCCCGAUCAAGAAGCAGGAGGGUCCAGUAACGCAGGCGAAUAGCCUGUGGCUGCGCAUGCUGCUGUCUCCCGAGAGCGCCUUCUUGAACAGCAGCACCAACUGUGCGCCUACCGGGUUGAGCGCUACUGGGUCGAAGACACUGUCGGGGAAAACCGCGUUGAGCUACAGCACGCCGGAGAUCACAAUGGAUCUGCUGCGCGUCACCUUGGGCAGUCUUAGCGGCGUCGAGCACGUAUUUCUGUCCCUUGGUGGACCCUUUGCCUGCCUGAGCGAAAUCCCCGGUCUGUCCAAGCUACCGAGCACUGUCGCUUCUUCCUCCACUUCUUCUACGACGGCGUCCGUUUUUCACCUCGGACGUGCGGCCGUGCUUCCGCCCCUCACGAUGCGCCAAGGCCGCGUGGAGGACUACGACGACGCCGUGACGCUACUCGUGGCCGGCGGGCCAGGAAUCAUCACCCGCCUGCCACCCCAGUUUUAUCUUGAGGAGCUGCUGCAGGCGCAGGAUGCUCAGCACAAAGUCAUCGUCGCCGAGGACUCCGUCACGCACGAGGUGGUCGGCCUGGCGUGUGUCCGUCAGCUCAACUUGGAGGAGCAGCAGUACCUUGCUCGCUUCUACAACACGGACAUGCUCGAGCGACUGAAGCCGAUGAACGUCGACGGCAGCGAGACGGCGGCGGCACCCGCGGCGCCGUACCACGACAGUCGCGCCCCCUCCUGCACCGCCAGCAUCUUUUUCCUCUACUUCAACCCCCACUUCGAGCACAGCGCCUACCAGCUCCUGCCGUACAUCUUUCUCCAGUUCCCCUUGUGCGAUUACGCCGCGCUGCAGUGCACGCACGCGCAGCGGCUGCCGGAACCGAUGGUGCUGCAGCGCUUCCAGUACAUGCCGCUGCGCCGGUAUCAGCCGCACAACGUCAGGGGCGAGGUGACACCGCCGCCGGAUGCGCUGUGGGUGUGUCCGCGCGUGUCGCUCGAGGCGGAGGCCGGCAUGCAGGCACAGGUGGCGCCGCUCUUUGGCCCGGCCGGCGCGGAACUGUGGGCGGCGGUGAUGGCACAGUUCGGUGCCCCUCACGCCGCCCCGGCUGCCGGGUCUGGCGUCCACGCCGUGCUCCAUCAGCAGCAACAGAAGCAGCAACUCCGCCGAAACAGCACGAGCACGACGGCAGGUGGGGCUGGAUCUAUCCUCCCGGGCUGCUCCAUGGAGCUCCUCAGCGCUCUCCGCGAGGACCUCGGCAUCGAAGCGUCGCAUGAGAAGACGCGGCAGGCUGCCGGCCCGGUGCCGAUCGGCGCCGUCUUCGCCCUCUCCUGGGGACUUCCCGCCGCUUCAUCGUCACCGUCGUCCACGGCAGGGCGGACGGUGGUCGGCGUGCUGUCGGUGCAGCCGCUCUCGGUGGGUGAGAUGUACGCCCUCCGCGCAAACUACGACCUCGACCGCUUUCUGUCCUUCAACACUGCGGGCAGCUACGACUACACGGCGACGGACAUCUUUAUAUCUGCCGGUGAGGGCCCUCUACGAUACCGCUCUGCUGAGCUGCCGGGCCUUGCCGUGCGCUUCGCCUACAUCCGACCCGCCUUCCGCCAUCACUUGAAGUUUUUCUUGCGGGAGGUGCUGCGUCAGACGAGGACAGAGGUGCUGCUGAACCUGACGAGCGUCGAUGCCUCGCUCUGCCAAACCGCGCUGCUGGCCUUCACGUACGCCCCGCCGCGACGCGUGGUGGAGGUGGAGGGGACGACAACAGCGUCGAAGACAAUUACAAACAACUACGCCGGCGGCAUCGACGAGGACGGGGAUAGCGAGAAGUCAACGAUCCGCAUUCCCGAGGUGAACGACGUGACGCCGGCGUUGGCGCGCGACAAGACCGCUUCCAACGCCGCCGCUGCUGCGGCGGGGAAGGAAAAGGAGAAGGACGAUGAAAGGGGAAACGCCGCAAACCUAGCCCUCAGCUCGCUCUUCUUCACAACGCGCCGGCUGCUUAGUGACGAGCGAGUUCGUGUGCAUCCGCGGCUGGUCGUCGUUGGCGCCAGUGCCACGGCGCUCUCGAUGCUCUACGAACUCUUCCGCGUCCCCUACGUGGAGCUGCUGAACGUGACGCUCAUCGCGACGGACGGCAUCCCGCCGCACCCAAACCAAACGAUCGGCGACAGCGUCAUCGCGCGCUCGCGUCAGCAGCAGAUUUGGCAGGCAGACACGAUGGGGCUGUUAGAGCGGGAGUACAUGCGGCUGCGCCUGGGCGACGGCAUCAACACCACCGCCUCCCUCAGCAUUGGCGCGAACGUGGUGCGUGUGGUGCAGGGUACGCUGAUCGACAUCGACACGAACUUGAAGUACGUGCAGCUGGAGAACGGCGUGUACGAACCCUACGACCACCUCAUCCUCGCCACGGGCCGGCAGUACAUCGUGCCCCCUGCGAUCCGCGCUUUACAGCAGCAGGAGGCUCGCAGCACCCUCGACGGCGUCAUGGCGCUGUCGGGCGUGUUGGCGGAGGACAAGCUGCGGCACGCGCUGUCGGAGCUCAACCAAUCGAACGCCACUUCUAUUGCGAACGUCGUCGUGUACGGCUCUGGCCUCGACGCGAUCGCGACGCUGUCCACUAUGAUCUCCGUCGGCUUCCCGGCGCAGCGGCUGGUGCUGUGCCGACCGCAGCCCGACGGCUCUUCGGGUGUCUCAAGCGGCGGCGUCUUCCGCGAUGCCGCGUGCGCUGAUGCGGCGAUGGCGCUGUUCCGUGUGAUGGGCGUGACGGUGUUGGACGGUUACGGCGUAUCUCGGUUAGAGUUCGACGAUGAACUACUCUCCUCGGUGAUGCUGGCCUCCUUGUCGUUUGAGCGAAAGGCCGGGGACGCGGUGGAGCUGCCGUGCUCCAUGAUUGUGUGCCUCGAAGACAAGGACAUCGACCACAGCGUGCUCUCCGCGCUGACGAAGCGGUCGAUUGUGUUUGACGGCCGCGUCAUUGUCGGCACGGCGUAUGAGACGAGUCAGCCGGACGUGAUGGCGGCGGGGCCCGUCGCGAUGUUCUCUCGCCGCUACGGGGCGACCGAGUCCUUUGAGACGUACAGCGCGAGGGACGUCGGGCGCGACGUGGCACACGUGCUGCUCGGCCGGCUGGGUUUGGAGGAGUUCCGCCGUGGCGGGCACGACACGCACCGCAGCACGUUGUCGGAGACGCACCCGAGCACACCGGAUGCGAAGGAGGACACGCUAAACGGUGCGACGGCGACCCCAAACACAACUUCUUCGCCCUCCUCCUCUGCCGCUUCGCCGCAGGCUGCUGAUGCUGCUGCUGCUGCUGCUGCACACGCGCCGCUGCCGUUUUAUCCAUCACCGGUGACGCGCCGUGUCCGGAUGCCGUGCAACUACCACUACUUCAGUGCUGUGCGCGGCGCAGCGCAGUUCGAACCGAAGGACUGCAUUCGAUUGGAGUACGCCUCUACCGAUAUGCCGGCUAUUUCCCUCGACGACGUGCCGAACACCGUCACCGUAAGUCACGGGUGCGGCGACGACGGCGAAGAACGCGCGUUGCGAGAGAUGCUGAUCAUCUUCAUUCAUCGUCGUCAUCGCACGGUGGACGGCGUCGUCUACUUCGGUAACGGUACGCCGCCGGUGCACAACUACCGCGCUCUCAUUGGACUGCCCGAGUCGCUCUUUCAUUUAGAAUUUCGGUUCAACGAGGCCCUCGCGAAGGGCGGAAGCAGCAGCAGCGCCGGGGACAGUGAAGAAAAAAGCAGCGCCUCGCUGGACGCCACGACGCAGCGCGCAGGUGGCGGCUGCGGUGUGCUAACCGCACCAAUCCGCAACCACCGACUGGACCUCGUUGCUUACCUGCGACUGCCCCUCUUUCACCCUCUCCUCUGCGAGCACUUUACCACGUUCUUUGCGCAGCUGAGACGAGAGGUGGAGACCGUCGAGGAGGUCAACGCGGAGCGCGAGCGCGUGUUGCGUGAGGCGCAGGCAUCUGGCAAGCUGACGCCCGAGGAUGCCGCGGCGCAGGUGGCCGCGUUGACGGACACCAAGACAGCGUUUCGGUACAAGGUGCAGCUGGCGUUACUAAAGUACCUGCACGAAGGGAAGGACAGGCGCCCGCAGAGCAUGUAUCUACCGGGCAUCGAGAGGCAAGUGGCGAUGCAACGGAAUGCCGGCUGA